GCUAGAAAAGAGCGACGAUGCCGGCGGCAGUGAUGAGACCUAGGAGGCGCUGGCUGCCGGGCUGCCCCGAGGAGCGGCGGCUACUAGUGGCCUCUUGGCAGAUGUAUUGCUGCCACUGAGCGUCAGCCCACCCGGAAGCCCCAGGGACACUUGGUCGCCAAGAUGUCUAAGUACAAACUGAUCAUGCUAAGACAUGGAGAGGGUGCUUGGAAUAAGGAGAACCGUUUUUGUAGCUGGGUGGAUCAGAAACUGAACAGUGAAGGGAUGGAGGAAGCUCGGAACUGUGGGAAGCAACUCAAAGCCCUCAACUUUGAAUUCGACCUUGUGUUCACGUCCGUCCUUAAUCGGUCCAUCCACACUGCCUGGCUGAUCCUCGAGGAACUGGGGCAGGAGUGGGUGCCGGUGGAAAGCUCCUGGCGCCUGAACGAGCGUCACUAUGGAGCCCUGAUUGGCCUCAACCGGGAGAAAAUGGCUUUGAAUCACGGCGAAGAGCAAGUGAGGCUCUGGAGGCGCAGCUAUGGCGUGACGCCCCCCCCCAUCGACGAGUCUCAUCCUUACUACCAGGAGAUCUACAGUGACCGGCGGUACAAAAUGUGUGACGUGCCCUUUGACCAGCUGCCACGGUCCGAAAGCCUGAAGGAUGUUCUGGAGAGACUCCUUCCCUUCUGGAACGACAGGAUCGCCCCCGAGGUAUUAAGUGGCAAAACCAUCUUGAUAUCUGCUCAUGGAAAUAGCAGCAGGGCUCUCCUGAAGCAUCUGGAAGGUAUCUCUGACGAGGACAUCAUCAACAUCACCCUGCCCACGGGAGUCCCCAUUCUCCUGGAGCUGGAUGAGAACCUCCGCGCUGUUGGGCCUCACCAAUUCCUGGGCGACCAAGAGGCUAUCCGAGCCGCCAUUAAGAAAGUAGAGGAUCAAGGAAAAGUGAAACAAGCGAAAAAAUAAAGUGUCUCUCUCCCGGGUGCUGGCGAGGAAGAGCGGCAGAAGGGGCUGCGUGCAGUGUGUUACGGGUGCUGGUGUCUCAUGUCUCAUUUUUCCUGAUCUUUUUCUGGAGCUUUCAAGAGCUAGACCGUGGGGUAGUCUUUAGAGAGGUAGCUACAUGAGUAAUGUUGACCAAGAGGAAAGCCUUAGUGAGGAUGCCAUGGGGCGCAUUCCCUGAGCCUGUGGCUUGGCUCUCCCGCUGCCCAGAUGAGUUUACUUGCUCACCGGUGGGCCUCGUUCAGGCCAUAGGUUCCUGAGGAGAGAGAGUGAUGAGCAGAGGUGAAGUUUAAGAUAUUCAGCCUUCACAGAUGACUGUUGAGUCGCCACUGACAGGCACUGCUUAUUCCAAUAAGCAGUUGACUUUUCUAUCUACUAAGACUUUCUGGGAUGAUAGUAAGGGGGAUUAUAAAAUACACUAUACUUCAGUAUUUAUUACUAGUCUUUUCUUGUAAGAAAGCAGAUGCUUUGAUCGUUGAGACCAGUGGCCUUCACAGGGGUCAUUCACAGGUGGGUUCCUCAGCAACCAGCAACAAACAAGGCCCUUUGCUCGGGCUUGGGACGCCUGCCUGUGACUCCUCUGACUGCUAGAAUUAGCAGCGUGUAGACAACUUUCGCUGUUUGUGUUCUCUUUUUGUUUUGUGAACUUUGACUGUUGGGUACCUAACAAUGAUUUACAAAUAAAGUUCUGUAAUUGGAAAUGCUAUCCCCAGGCAUCUGCAUCUGAUUGAUAACAUUAAGUGAAGGCAUCUGAACUGCCGGUGUAACACUCAAAAGAGUCGCAUUAUUUCAGUAGACACAGCACCUAAUUCUCUAUACUGAAAGGCGGGGGCCAAGGGAAGGUAGAAUACUGGGUGUGUAAUCCUGUUCGAAAAACAGGGGAGAUGGCAUCUUCGACCUGUUACACUCGUCGUUCAUCAGCAGAAGAGAAAGAAGACAGCUCGCCGCGGGCAGUAACGUGGGUUGGCCACGCACAGAAUCAAUCACCUGUCAGUCCUGAUACCAUUUCCCACACUGUUUUAAGGGGCUGCAGAUAUGUAAGCAAUCCUUUCCUUAAGCUGUUGCCUGAUUUCAAACAAGUUAACAUGUCAGUAAAAAGUCCAGAGGAAAGUGUGCUGUGAGUUGCCAUCUUUCAUGGUUCUCCAUAGUCCCAUCGGUUUGUCCAUUUUAUAGUUAGUGGCACCUGAAGGAAACGAUUAAGCCCCUGCUGCUGCUCGGUCACCUCUCAGCCUCCCCUCCGGAUGCCUCCAGCAGAGCCUGACGGGGAUGAUGGGGUUGAUGGGGGCGAUCGGUCUGCCUGCCACCUACUGUGACUAUGACACACCAGGAUGUGGCGCGUGGAUAUUGUAUGUUCCUGAGCAACGACUGUUUCCCCACCAUGAC